AAGGUGUUCAACAUUUUAAUGAAUUCUAAAGUCAUAGUAAAUGAGAGAACUUAGUGUCUGAAACUCGGUCAUAUAUAGCAUUCAGUCUAAUAAUUUAAACAUAUUUUUUCAGUUGAGUUAGGAUUUAUGGACAUCACAACUAAUUUAUAUAAGUAUUUUCUAUAAUUUUUUAUUAGUGAGCACAAGAGAGUUUAUAAAAUACUCAAUCGGUUUUCGAUUAUUAAAAAAAAUUAUAUUUUUGUUUAUCGAAUAACGAUAUAUCUAAUUAGAUGGGAUAUAUUUGUUAUUUAAUGAAAAAAAUAUUAAUUUUUAUUUAUAAUUAGCAAACCAAGAGAGUAGGUAAAAGACAUAAAAGGAAAUUUCAACUCAAUAACAAAAGUUUUUUCUUUUAAUUUUCUUCUAAAAUAAUCAAUAAUUUUUCAUAUUAUUACUUUAUCUAUUUCUCUCUCUUGUUUUCUAUCUAUUUAUAAGUAUAUUAUGUUUUCUUGGAUUAAAAUAUAUUUGUUUUUGAUUGUACACCCAAGUUUAUAAGGCUGAUUCCAAGCAACCCAAUUCAUUUCUCUUCUCUAGAUACAUACCCUUUAUUUUGGAAAAUCUAGGAUAAGAAUAAUCACUACAAAAAGAAAAAAUCUCUACAAAGCUGAAUCACUAGUAACACUAGCUAACAAGAACCUAUUUUCUAUUUUCAAAGAGAUUGUUCAGAACUUUUGUGGUGCUUGAUUGUCAAAAGAAAACAAAGCAAAAAAAAUUCUACUUUGAUGAGUUUUGGUGACAAUAAGUCAGGUUGUGGUGAAAGUGCUAAAAUCAGUUCAGUAUCAGAUAUUGCUUUUAGCAACGGAACAAACCAUAACAACAACUAUAGAAUAAUAAUGCCUUCUAGUGCAAUCUCACAACCUCAUUUAUCAACUCCAACUUUGGUUAAAUCCAUGUUCAACUCACCUGGUCUAUCUUUAUCACUUCAAACAAAUAUGGAAGGACAAGGUGGAGGUGGUGAUAUGAGUAGAUUAAUGGCAGAGAGUUUUCAUGGUUUGAGAAGGAACAGAGAAGAAGAAGAAGAAGAACAUGAAAGCAGAUCUGGUGGUAGUGAUAACAUAGAUGGUGUUUCCGGUGACGAUGCUGCCGACAAUCCACCAAGGAAAAAACGUUAUCACCGACAUACUCCUCAACAAAUUCAAGAACUUGAAUCGAUGUUUAAAGAGUGUCCUCACCCUGAUGAAAAACAAAGGCUUGAACUCAGCAAAAGGCUUUGUUUGGAAACAAGACAAGUUAAGUUUUGGUUCCAAAAUAGAAGAACACAAAUGAAGACUCAAUUGGAGCGCCAUGAAAAUUCACUACUUAGGCAAGCAAAUGAUAAGCUAAGAGUUGAGAACAUGUCAAUAAGAGAAGCAAUGAGGAAUCCUAUGUGCUCAAAUUGUGGAGGACCAACAAUUGUUAAUGAAAUUUCACUUGAAGAACAACAUCUAAGAAUUGAAAAUGCAAGAUUAAAAGAUGAUCUAGAAAGAGUUUGUACACUUGCUAGCAAGUUUUUAGGCCGUCCGAUUACUUCGUUACCAAACUCAAGUUUAGAAUUUAGUUUUGUUGGUGAUCAUAGCAAUACUUUGCCUUCAACAUUACCCUUAGGACAAGAUUUUGGAAUGGUGUCAAUUUCACCACCUUCAACAAUAAUAGCAACAAAUAGUACUAGUAGUAAUGGUUUUGAUAGAUCAAUAGAGAGGUCUAUGCUUCUUGAACUUGCUUUGGUUGCAAUGGAUGAGUUAGUAAAAAUGGCACAAACUAAUGAGCCCCUUUGGAUUAGAAGUGUUGAAGGUGGAAGAGAAAUUCUUAACCAUGAGGAAUAUACAAGGACAAUAAGUACUUCUUCUUGCAUUGGUUUGAAACCAAAUGGUUUUGUUUCUGAGGCUUCUAGAGAAAGUGGUGUUGUUAUCAUAAACAGCUUGGCUCUUGUUGAAACUUUAAUGGACUCAAAUCGAUGGUCAGAGAUGUUCCCUUGUGUGAUUGCAAGAACCUCAACAAAUGAAGUGAUAUCUAGUGGAAUAAAUGGAACCAGAAAUGGUGCUCUUCAAUUGAUGCAAGCUGAACUUCAAGUACUAUCUCCAUUGGUUCCUGUUCGUUUGGUGAAUUUUCUAAGGUUUUGCAAGCAGCACGCAGAAGGAGUAUGGGCAGUGGUUGAUGUGUCUAUAGAUACCAUCACACAAACUUCAGCUGUUGCAUCCACUUUUCUUAAUUGUAGGAAGCUUCCUUCUGGUUUUCUGGUUCAAGAUAUGCCAAAUGGUUACUCCAAGGUGACAUGGGUGGAGCAUACGGAAUACGAAGAAAACCAAGUUCACCAACUUUAUAGGCCCUUGCUAAGCUUAGGCAUGGGAUUUGGUGCACAACGUUGGGUUGCAACCCUACAACGCCAAUGUGAAUGUCUAGCCAUCUUAAUGUCAUCGGCACUUCCAUCUCGAGAACAAUCAGCAAUAAGCUCGGGAGGAAGGCGUAGCAUGCUAAAGCUAGCACAUCGAAUGACAAACAACUUUUGUGCCGGAGUUUGUGCAUCGACGGUCCACAAAUGGAACAAGUUGAAUGCAGGGAACGUGGGCGAGGAUGUUAGGGUGAUGACGCGAAAGAGUGUUGAUGAUCCCGGUGAGCCACCGGGGGUUGUACUAAGUGCAGCAACCUCCGUUUGGCUACCUGCUUCACAGCAAAAAGUCUUCAAUUUCUUACGCAACGAGAGGCUUCGAAGCGAGUGGGACAUACUCUCCAAUGGUGGACCCAUGCAAGAGAUGGCUCACAUUGCCAAAGGACAUGACCAUGGCAACUGUGUCUCCCUCCUACGAGCUAGUGGUAAUAAUUCAAGCCAAAGUAGCAUGUUGAUUCUACAGGAAACAUGCACAGAUGCGUCAGGUUCACUUGUUGUGUAUGCGCCGGUAGAUAUACCUGCAAUGCAUGUAGUAAUGAACGGCGGCGAUUCAGCUUACGUUGCACUUCUUCCAUCGGGCUUUGCCAUCUUGCCUGAUGGAUAUAGCGACGAUAGUGAUAAUCAAAGAGGCGGAUUGCAGCAUAGAGCAAAUGGAUCUCUUUUGACGGUCGCGUUUCAGAUACUUGUGAACAGUCUUCCCACCGCGAAGCUCACGGUGGAAUCAGUUGAGACAGUUAACAAUCUCAUUUCAUGUACCGUUCAAAAGAUAAAAGCAGCACUUCAAUGUGAGAGUUGAAUGUCACAUUACACAAUAAUUCUCAUGUAACUCUAAUUCAAGUGUUGAUUGUAUAAUGUAUUUUGUACAAGUUUUUCUUUUUAACCUAUACCCUCAUAGUUAUAAGCUGAAAUUUAAGAGGAAUUAAAUUUUAAUCUGUGAGAUCUAUUUUUAAAUUUAUAUAAAUCUCACUUAAAUUUCACCUCAAUAACUAAGAGAGUAUUAAAUAUUGUUAUCAUUACUAAUAUUUUUAUUAGUAUGGCAACAAAAAUAAAAGCUUUUAGGCUUCCAAAUUAUUUUGGUCUAUGCAAAUAUGGCCAGUUUUGAUUUUCAUCCCUGUAAAAAAAAUGAUUAUAUCCCUUUAAAAUCUCAAAACAUUUUAAAGAGUCCCUGAUUUAAAAAA